GAAAGAAAUGCGAUUUAGUGGAAAUUCGAGGUUUUAACAGUCCGCCCUCGCAAUUCUCAAUUCUUACCUCCGCCAUGAACCCACAAAAUCCGCCACCGCGACAGUUGCCGCCGCCGCCACAGCCCCAGCCCGCCGCCACAGUCGUCCCUUCUCAGUACCUAAACCCACCGCCAUCACCCUCCCUUUCCGCCGCCCUCUCCAAUCUCACCCCCCUUCUCCACCUCGCCAACACCACCCUCCAGUCUCUCCCCACUGCCACUGCCACCGUCUCUGCUUCUCCUACCCUCCUCCCCUGCCCUUUCAACCCUAACCACCGUCUCCCUCCUUCAUCCCUCUUCUCUCACUACCUUAAUUGCCCUUCUCCUGUCUCUCUAUCCCACACUUUCCACUAUCCCCUCACACUCCACUCAUGCGCCACCACCCCUUCUGCUGCCGCUUCCUUCCCCACCACCUCCUCCGAUCUCUGCGUCUCUCUCGAAAGUUACAUUGGUUAUAAUUCUCCACCCAACAAUUUCUUUUACCAAAACUGUCCCGGUCCUGUCACUCCUUCAGUUCAACCGCCUCCCCUGCUCAAUUUACCUAGGGAGUUGUAUAUCGAGUGUGCCGACUAUAAUCAAGACUCUUCCCACCAAAAAGCUGUGGGUUUUUCCGUCGACUUUGUUAGGUUUCUUCCAUCAGAGAUUUGGGCAAUUCGUAGUGAAAUUGAAGCGUGGGGUGGCAGUAUCCCAUCUUUGUAUUCUUCUAGAAUUUUGCGUGCGAUUAUGAGGUUGAAAGAUUUUAAGUUGUUCCAUUUAUAUGAGUGGAUUGUUGCGAAUUCUCCUCGAUAUGGAGUAAUUAUUGAUUUUGCCAUGAGGGAUCAUGUGGUUUUGUUGGUUAGGUUGUGUUUGAAGUUGAUUGUUAGGGAGGCUUUUGGGUUGGCGGGUGUUACAUUUAUUGAUAAAGAAUUGAAAUUGGAGGGGAAUGAAUUAUCAGGAUUGAGCAAUCGGAAUUUUGAGUGCCCCACUUUAGUGAAAAUGGUGAUGUGGUUAGCUUCGCAGUUCCGUAUAUUGUAUGGUGAAGUUAACGGGAACUUUUUUGCAGUUGAUGUGUUAAAAGAGUGCAUAUCAGAAUCUGCAUUGUGUGCUUCAUUGUUUCGUUUAGAGCGAAAAGAUGCUGAAUCGAGUGAUUUUCAGAAAGUUGAUGGUGAGGUGGAAGAGCCGGUGCAAAGUAUUACAUUGAUUGAUGGCACCAGGAGAGAUGAAGGAGAGAACAUAAAAGGUGUGACAGUUGGAAACAGCACAGUUCUUAUCUCCCAAGUGGCAGCAGCUGUAGCAGCAUUGCAUGAACGAUCAUUGAUUGAAGAAAAAAUUAAGGCGUUACGUAAUUCACGGCCAUUGUCUGCAUAUCAACGUAAUUUGGAGCAUGCAUACAUGUCCAAGAUAGCUGAUGAGGAAAGGCAAAAACGUCCAGACUAUAGACCUAUAAUUGAACAUGACGGGUUUCUUCGGCAGAGGUCAGGUAAUCAGGAUGGCAAUAAAGCAAAGACCAGGGAGGAAUUAUUAGCUGAGGAAAGAGAUUACAAACGUCGGAGGAUGUCAUACCGUGGAAAGAAAUUGAAGCGAAAUACUUUAGAGGUGAUGAGGGAUAUCAUAGAGGAAUUUAUGGAGGAAAUCAAGCAAGCUGGAGGUGUUGAUGGCACGUCAAAAGCUGCGGAAGAAAUGGGAGCUUUGACAUCUGAUAAUUUGAAUACAGGUUCACGUGCUGCUGGUGUUUCGGGAACUUCUCAGAUACCCGAAGAGAUUAGAGGCCAAUCACUUGAUUACAGGAAGGACUCACACGCUCGUCAUGAUUCAAAAAAAUGCGAGGAUGAUAUCCAUCGGCUAAGGCGAGAUUCUAGUUGGGAUCAUAGGCGUCAAGAUCUAAAUAAAAGUGUUGGGAGGGUGAGACAUGACAAAGAUGAUAAUUACAGAAGCUGGGAUGGAAGGCAAAGCGGCAGCGACUCAAGAGAGCGGAUGGAUGGUAGAGAAAAUCAAGAAUUUGUUGAGGCCCUUGGAGAAGGUUAUUCACGAAGAUCACGCAAGAGACGGAGCGAGUCCCGGGAACGAGAUCAUCAUAAAAUAAGCAGAGAUGAGCAUGAGUUUAAUAAUCAUAAAAGAGAAAGAGACCAGCGUGAGAGAACUAGUCGUAAAAGAGAGAGAUAUGAAGAUAAUCGGGAGCGUGAGGACAGAGGGAGAAGCAAAACAGAGCGUGCUAGUCGACACAGAGAUGAAGAUGGGGGGUAUCUAGAUAGAAGGAAAAGCAAAACAAACAGGAGUAGUAGUUCUCGUCUUGAACUGCAGGAUUUUGAUGAUCGAUAUGAUCCUGCAGAGUCUCGUGAUUUUUAUGAGGAUGAUUUCUGAUCUUUGCAGAAGGUUUUACUAAUUGGGAUUUGGGUUGCCGAAGUAGGUGAUGGAUUUACAUUUGUGGCAUGUGAGCUUUUCUCAUAAAGACAGUUUUGCCAAAAGCUGGUGUACGCCAACUCAUGCGAGCAGUCAUGCAGAUGUUUGCAUAUAUCCACCGUCUGUAUCCUCCUCUGUAUCCUUCUCGAAAGUUUCUUAUUCUUUUGGUUCCACUGCUGUGUUUACUUCCUUUUCUUCUUGACAUUCUCCAUUUUAUAGGAAAAUAUAAAGUAAUAAUUAGUUCUUUAUGUUGCUUUUGGUUUAUUUAAUGUUAACAGACACUUCUGAAUGAUCUUUCAAGCUUUAACUGACAAAAAACCUUUAAUUUUAGAUUGUUCAGGUAUUUAGAUGACUCAUCAUCAUAAGUUUUACCUAGACUAAUCGAUCUUCUAUUUCAUUCCACUUUAGUGACCGAGCUUCAAUUGUUUUCUAUUGCUGCUGUGUAUUGAUCAUGACGGUGGUACGAUUCUCUCUGUUACUUAGGCAUUUGCUGUAAUGUAGUUGGCGUAUGAUUGUAUCAAUGCUUCUUUAACAUGUCAGUCUGCUCAAGUCAUGGGGUGUUUUACCUUAACAAAGGGAUCAAAUUAACCUUGACAUUCAGGUAUUUUGUAGUCUAAUAGCAGGGUACCACUCAAGAGGAAACAUAUCAUUUUCUCAUGUACUUCUAAUUAGAAACAGUGAGAAUCAAUAAGUUUCUUUGGUUCCAUAGCUAUCAUUUCUCAGCCUUGUAGUUCUGAAUUGACAACAAGCUGUCAUCAUUUGAGACAACAUACACUAUAGAUAUUGACCGGAAGUUUUGACGGAUAAGAAGACCCUUGUGGAGCUGGACAAGGAUCUGCCUUGUUAUACUGCUGUAUCCUGAUUGUACUCCCUUAUUAUUAGAAUCUUCCAUCUUUGUUAUACAUCCUGUGAUUUUAGCUACAUUUAGCCACUUGUGGCACUUCCUUACUGGGUCACGCACUUAUUGGAUAUUUGGCACUUGGUUUUGCUUUCAUGGAUUGAUUAUGGUACUUUGUGCU